AUUUAUCUGUGAAGCAGCAACAAGCUGAUGAAGUGAACAGUUCAAACAACACUGAUGUAGAAUCUGAGGAAAUUAUGUCAGAUAUAUUUCAAGAGAUGACUGGAGGCUAUGAAAAUAUGAGGACACAGUCAUUACAAUAAGUAUCUGCUGUUCUAUCUGACAGAAUGUGACCUGACGUAAGUUGGUCGUUAUGUUGCCAGGAAAACAUUUGAACUUAAACCAGUUUGUCUAGUCUUCAGGCCAAUUCAUAAAGAACAAGGAAACAUGCACUUCACAACAUCAGUACAAACACCAACCAGUCACAGGUAAGAACACACCCCUGUGUGUGUUCUGUAACUCAGAGUGUAAAAGCAGCUGCAGCUGCCGCCUCCUCUCACGCGAGAGAAGAUGGGACGUCAUGUUCCUCCAGAGCAGGAGAAGAUGAUCUGCUGCAUCCUGCUGCUCCUCACACUGACCUCCUGUGUCUGUGGAACAUUUGUAGUGAAUGUGACACAGAGCUCCUAUCAGGCAGAGGAGAACCACAACAUCACACUGGAGUGGAGCUUCACAACCAAACCUCACACUCCACCUGACUUCCUUUAUAUUCUAUGUGAGAAGUUUACUGAUGAUCUCAAAGCCUCAAAAGUCCUGUUUCAUCUACAUGAGGGUGUUGAGGUCCCAGAGUCUCAGAAUAAACAGUUUUCAGGACGAGUCCAGUGUGAAAAAGACGUCCUCAGAGAAGGACGAAUCAGACUUCAUGUGUCCAGACUGAGGACUGAGGACUCAGGACUGUACCUGUGUGAAGUCAACGCAGAUUAUUUAGCAAACUUUGGCAAAUGUCGACUCAGCGUCUCUGCAGCUGUUGAUCAGCCUGAAACUCAGAGACAAACUGAGAGACCAGAACCAGAGAGUCGGGGAAGGAUCGGUCUCUACGCUGGACUGGGACUGACAGCAGCAGCAGUGGUAGUAGUAUUAGCAGCAGCAGCAGCAACAACUCUACUGGUCAAACUCUGCUCUACCUCAAGCCAUUGUGCCACUAAAACUACCGAUAACACAGUAAACCCUUAUUCCAGGACAGAAAAGCUCCGUUUGUCGGAAAGCAAAGUUGCUCUGUCUCUACUUCCUUUGACCCCGUCGGUCCUCAAGGCUCGUUUUCCCUGCACAUCCAGUCGGACCUGUGACCUUUCAUGUCCCUCACUGUCUUCAUGCAAACGGAGGGAGGUGACCAUCUCCUGACUGAGGACCAGUGUCUUCUCAUAAAUUACAUUUGUGCUUGUAAAGUUUAUAAAGUGAAUAUAAUGUAAAUAAAUCUCUAUUUACA